AUGUUUCCCAAGGAAGAACAAAGCUUGACUUUUCUAACUGUUUAUUUCCUAACACUAGGGCUGUCUGCCUGUCAGAACUGCCCCACUAAAAGUCUAGAUGAUGUUGUCAUUGACAUUCAAUCAUCUCUUUCUAGGGGAAUCAGAAGCAAUGAGCCCAUAUAUACCUUCACUCAAGAAGACUGUGUUAAUUCUUGCUGCUCAACAAAAAACAUAGCAGGGGACAAAGCAUGUAACUUGGUGAUCUUCGACACUCGAAAAAUAAGUAGACAACCCAACUGUUACCUGUUUUUCUGUCCCAGUGAGGAUGCCUGCCCAUUAAAACCAGCCAAAGGACUUAUGAGUUACAGGGUAAUUAGAGAUUUCCCUUCUUUGACCAGAAUUGACUUGCCGAGUCAAGAGCUAGCCCAAGAAGAUUCUCUCUUACAUGUCCAGUCUCCACAAGAAGCCUCUCCCACACCCGCUCAUCUGACAAGUCAUUCAAAGCCCAGUAAUGCCUUAUUGAAAGAUACGCUUUCUCAGGAGUCUGAGUCCUCAGAUCACUUGGAGAAACUAUUUAAGAGUAAGCAAACGCGUACACAGUUUCCUGUUUAUAAAGAAAAAGGCCAACCUCAGAGUUCACAGUUUUCCCCCAAACAAAAAAUAGCUCAUCUGCUCCUUGAAAAUACGACUCCAUUCCCAACAACAGUGACUGCUGUUCCUCCCAACACCACCUUCAUUUCUCCAAAGCCUGCAGUUCUCCAAGCCACCAUCUCUUCCCUGAUACCUGCUGUGGCCCCCACAUCUCCGCCUCUCACAACCAUGACUUCUCAGCCGCCCACAGCCCUCUUCUCUACAAUUUUCACACACUCUGCAGUUACACCCAUGAAUACAACAGUUGUGACUACAACAGCAGUUCCGACUACCUCCUUUCAGGCACCUAAAGACUUCAAAAUCACAUCAGGAAAGAUGCCUUCUGCAGUAAUCUCCAACUUAACUUUGAAUACAGGGGAUGCACACAAUGUUGCUACACGUCCUUUGUCAAAUGUGAAUUCCUCUGCUGCAAAUAAAGUGGCCACUCUGGAAACCGGGAAGGUGAGCCCAGGCAGUUCCUCACAGCGCAAUGUUCUAAAAAGUCAGCCUGGUCUUCCCUUUGAAAAGUGGCUCCUCAUUGGGACCCUGCUUUUUGGUGUCCUGUUCCUGGUCAUAGGCCUUGCCCUCUUGGGUAGGAUGCUCUCAGAAUCCCUCCGCAGGAAACGUUACUCGCGACUAGAUUAUUUGAUCAAUGGGAUCUACGUUGACAUCUAA